GUCGCCGGCGGCGGCAGGCGAGCGGAGAGGAAGAUGGAGGAUGAUUUGGUGGAUGGGUGGCCGAGAUGGCUCGUAAAUAACGUGCCGAGAGGGGUUCUUGAUGGGCUGGUGCCCAAGAGUGCUGAUUCUUAUGAGAUGAUCGGCAAGGUAGGCCAGGGUACUUAUAGCAAUGUGUACAAAGCCCGUGACAAGGAGACUGGAAAGCUGGUUGCUCUGAAGAAGGUUAGAUUUGACACAUCAGAAUCUGAGAGUGUCAGGUUUAUGGCCAGAGAAAUUAGGAUCCUGCAGAAGCUGGAUCAUCCCAAUAUCCUGAAGCUUGAAGGGCUUGCCACAUCAAGAAUGCAGUAUAGUCUAUACUUGGUCUUUGAGUUUAUGCAAUCUGAUUUGGCAAGAAUUUUCUCUCUCCCUGAUCGGAGGCUCACUGAACCCCAGGUAAAAUGUUAUAUGCAUCAAUUACUGUCUGGACUACAGCACUGUCAUGAGAGGGGAGUCUUACAUCGAGACAUUAAGGGGUCCAAUCUAUUGAUAGAUAGACACGGAAUGUUGAAAAUAGGCGAUUUUGGCCUCGCCAAUUAUUUUGAUCCUGAUAAAAAGCGACCUCUAACAAGUAGAGUUGUGACCCUCUGGUACAGGGCACCUGAACUUUUACUAGGUACCACAGAUUAUGGAGUUGGAAUUGAUCUUUGGAGUGCAGGGUGCCUCUUGGCUGAAAUGUUUGUUGGGCGACCAAUUAUGCCUGGCAGGACUGAGGUCGAACAACUACAUAAAAUAUUUAAGCUGUGUGGAUCCCCGCCAGAGGACUACUGGAGAAAAUUGAAGCUAUCGACAAACUUUCGGCCUCCACAUCUUUACAAACCAAGCAUUUUUGAAUCUUUUCGAGAUCUUCCUGCUUCCUCCUUGGGUUUGCUUAGCACACUUCUUGCACUAGACCCUGCACAUCGUGGUACUGCAGCUUCCGCUUUACAAAAUGAGUUCUUUAGUAUGAGCCCAUUGGCUUGUGAUCUUUCUGGUCUGCCUGUUUCUUACCAGGAGGAAAAUGAUGAUUCAAUGCAACAACGGGAAAGGAAGCGCAAAUCCAAGAUGAAGCAACGGGCUCGAUCACAAAAAGAAAAUAUGAUGAAAUUGGAGAUGGACGUGUUACGGAGGGGAGAGUAUCAAUAUUCUUCCAAAGAGCUCGCGGAAACUGGAGAGCUGCCAUCACGUAUUCAAGAAGUUGGCAGCAGCACUGCAAGUACUUCCUCAAGGGUGAAGGCUGAAACUUAUACUAUCUCACGUCAACCCCAGUCAUCAAUAUCCUCCACACACUCCAAACUAUCGUCAGUAACCGAGUACCAUCCCUCCUCAGCCAAAAACAUCAUGAACCUACCUCCUUCCCUCUUCAUACAAUCACCAAGAACAGAGUACCAUCCUUUAUCCGCUAAAAACAUAAUGAACCUACCUUCUUCACUCCUGGAACAGUCAUCAAUAACUGAGUACCUCUUCAAACAGUCAUCAAGCAUGGAUUAUCUUCCCUCUUCUCACAAUGUCAUGAACCUACCUCCUUCUAUCUUUCAACAAUCACCGAGAACAGAGUACCAUCCCUCGUUUGCGAAGAACAAACACCUACUACCUCCGGAAGUUGCCUUUAAAAUUUCCGCUGAUGGCAGCAAUAAAGAAGGCAUUGACAAAAUGCAGCAUGACUCUGAUAGGAUCGAUGCCUUGGAACGCGAUUUCAAAGGCCUUGAUUCCAUGCAAUGCCUCUUCGAAGGUUUCAGUGUCGUGCCACGCUGUUCUGAUUUCAAUAAGAGGUCUGCCUCUAUGCCGGAUAUUGGCAGGUUGAUAAGGGAGGGGUUGUCCAAACGUUACGCUUUUGAUGAUUAAAUCUGUAGGUUAUGGUUAUGAAAGAAAAAAGAAAUAGUUUUGUAGGUAAUAAUGCUACCUACGAGCUCUUUUAAGAUCUAUUGUCUUCUCUGUUCGCAUGUUAUUCUUUGAUACUCCGAAUAAUUUCUGUUUAGGUAUUUCCUUCAUUCGGUUGUAAGGUUGAAUUUAAGAAGAGAAAGGGUUGUUCUGUUCAUUUCAAC